ACGUCAUAACAUUAGUACAGUUCGUAUUUUCAUCUAUUUUCAUUGCAAUUCCUGCUACAAAUUUAACAUUUUUGGGCUUUAAUCUUCCCUAGCGGUUAUAUAGGCAGUAUGUUUAGCUGGCUGGGUUAUGGAGAGGGCCAGCAGUCAAAGCAGGAGCAGAAAAAAGACGACAUUGAAGCUAAAAAUGACGAGGAAUCGAAGAAAGAUGACGACGAAGUGAGCAAGGAGAAGAACGAAGCAGUCGAGACAAAACCACAAGAAUCAGAAUCUAAAGACGAUGGCAGCCAAAGUAGUGCUUCUAAUCUACAGCAAGACCUUGAUUAUGCUAAAGACAUGGCUAAAAACGUUGGAAGUUUUCUGUUCAGCAUGGCAAGUGCUGCUUCUACAACUGCACUAAUGGUGAAAGAUACAGUUGAGAAAAAGACUAUCCUUGGAGAUUUCAUAAAGGAACAAGAAAAGUUUGUCAAAGAAAAGCACAAGAGAUCAGAAACUGCUGUUCCACCAUGGGUUGGUUACAAUGAGGAAGCUUCAAUGAAAUCACAGAUUUUGGCUCUAUCCACUGAUGAAAGGAACUUUCUUCGUGAUCCUCCAUCAGGAGUGCAGUUCCACUAUGACAACGAUAGCAUGUUCCCUGUUGCCUUGGCAACCCUAGAAGAAGAUGAAAACCUACAACAAAUGAGAUUCAACCUUGUACCUAAAAAGGUUAAAGAAGAGAGGUUCUGGAGGAACUAUUUCUAUAGGGUGUCACUGAUUAAACAAUCAACUCAGCUAACAUCAUUAGCUUCCGGUGGUGCGGAAAAACCUGCCACCCAGGCUGAAACCACUGAAGGACAAGCAGAAACAGACUCUUCGCCAAGUGCUCCAAAACCCAUUCCUGCUGUCAUUGACAAGGAUCAUAUUGACGACAUUCCUGACAGCCCAACUCAACAUGAAUUCAUUAGUGAUGACUUCGUACAUCAAGAAGCCCAACACGAAUUGAGUCAUGAAGACCUGCAGCAAAUUGGAGUAGACCGAAAAGCAAUGGCUGCCGAGAGUGAUUCUAAAACCAAGAAAAAACUUGAUCCAAAACUGCCUCCUGAAGAAGAUGACAUCCCAGAAUGGGAGAAGGAGUUACAACAAGAACUGCAGGACUACGAAGUUGUUGAUGAAGGAGACAAUGGAGAAUGGGAAAAAGAGAUAGAAGAUCUCUUAGAAGCAGAAAGCUGAGGUUUAUAAAUCUCACUUUCUUGAUUGCUGGAGUACUUUAUGAUAACACAGCGUUUGCUCACGCUUUCCAUCAGCCAUACACCCUUCUCAUAAUGGCUGACAAGUGCACGAAAACGAAGUCACCCAGUCAUUAUUUCACGAUAACUGCUGUAACCGGGGCCACUUGGAUGAGUUAGACAAGAGAACCAAUAGACCCCUUGCAUGUGACGUCAAAGCAGCUCAAUUGGGAGGACAAAACAAAAUAAUUUCAAUCUCAAGAAAAUUGGAAACCUAUAUGUUAUGUCCUCCAAAUUGAGCUGCAUUCCGAUGUGCUGCAAGGGGUCAAUUGAAAUGUAGGAUGAAAACAUUGCAAUUUUGGUUAGUGGAGACAAUCAUAAACCUAGACUGCACGAGAAUAGUUAAUUUGACCCUGAUGUUACGUAUAAAUAACUAGAUAGCCAUCRUCAUUUUCGUGUGAAUAAAAAAAUAAGUUGAAAGGCUAAUGUUUCUGCUGUUUUCUGAUUGGCUGCACUACCCAAAGUUGGAAUGUAUAGUUUUUUUUCAACAAUUUGAUUGGUUCUUGCUGUCUGGGUGACCCCUUUUAUAGUUGUUGCACUGUAAGAAGCACUCUGGUGAAGAAGCACUCUGGUGAAGAAGCACUCUGGUGAAGAAGCACUCUGGUGAAGAAGCACUCUGGUGAAGAAGCACUCUGGUACUUCGCUCUCCUAACUUGGCUCACAUUUUGCCAGUCAUAGCCAUAAGGUUAUAAUUUUGGGCUAUAGUGAAUAUUUUGGACGCAAACUCAAAAUUAAAAAAAUCAAUCACCCAUCGAAAGCUAACAUUGGAUUGUUUUUGAGAAGGAGACUUCAAUAGCAGAUAUUAGAGUCGCACCCAAUAGAAACCAUCAUGUGAUGGUAGCAAUGGCAGGAGGUAGAAACGACUGAACCUAUCUAAUCUGGUUUACAUUAGAAAGAACAUGUUUUCCAGUCAUUGGAAAAGACAAUAUUGUGUUUCCUGUCAUGGCUGCCAUCGUGUGAUGGUGCAAUGCCUUUACACAUUAUAAAUAUCAUUAGUAUGGGUAAUUUUAUGGGGCUAAAUAAAAUUUAAAAGGGUUCAGUCGUGAAGGUUUUUUAAACAAUCCCUGGAGGACGAGGGGCUGACCUUAUUUUGAUUAUUACUCGCUAAUCAUACCUAUUUCAAAAAAGGUUGACAAAGCCAAAGGCAAUAAGCAUUAGACCGGUUUUUUUUAGUAAAAAACCACUGUGUUCUUUGAACACCGACUCAUUUAUGUGGGCUUAGGCUCAAAUCAGUGUCUAAAUAUUCACAAAUACCAAUGGUAAAGUAAAGAAUGCACAACUUCAACAAUAAAAACACUUUGAAAUUCCAUGAUUCUUCAAACUGGAAUGUAUGAAUAUCCACAACUAUUCCAUAAAGAAUCAAGGCUUAACCCAGUACAACAUAGAAUUUGAAACUGGAGUAUAAGCAAUAGGAGAUAUGUCAUUCCAAGAUCCAAGAAUAGCUGGAAUAAUAAUUGCUGUUUCACAUUAUUCUUAUUAAGAACACACACGGAUGGUUGUUGAGAUAUUUAGCGUUGUUGAUUUUGACAAAACCAUUUACUGUGAUUUUCACAAACAUAUGAACUCUGUCUUCGAGCUGGCAUGCUGAAGUUUUUUUUUCCUGCUGUCAAUCAAACCUAAUCAGUCRGUACCUUUCAUAUUUUUGACUGGCGACAGCAAAAAAAUACAUUUCAUUUUGCAACUUGGAGAAACAGAGUUCAUAUGUUUAAGAAAAUUGCAGUAAAGCACCUUCAUCAUUCAUGUCCUCGGUUUAUUUCCUUCUUGGAAUGACUUUUUGCCUAUCUCUGUUGCCUCAGAAAACCAGUUUUUUAAUUAGGCAUAAACAACUUGGUUUCACGGGCAAAAUAAACAACACCAUUUUACAAAUGAGAAAAGGGAGUGUUCAAGAUUUAAAAAAGUAGAAGUUUAGUAUUUUAACAGCAUUUAUUUGUAAAUAAACUGUGAUUGGAUA